AUGAGGAAGAGGACAGCUCAGGAUCACCAGCGGGUGGCAAGAAGAGCGAGAGAGCAUAGAGGGGAGACAGAAGAGGGGCAAGGGAAGAAGGACACUUGCGAAGCGGAAUCGGAGGCGAAUAACAGGACCCAAGGAACCAUAAGCGGACAGGAGGCGUCCAUAGAUCAAAGGGUCAGAGGAGGAGGGGGAAGCAAAAAUUUCGACGUGACAAAAAAGAAGCCAAGGCCAGACCUGCGACGACACCCGUUCAGAGACGCCGGCCAGGGGGUCAAGAGGGAGUAG